ACACUCUGGCAGCAGUUUUCUGAAGCUCCAGACCGCCCAGCUGUUCUGUGGGGAGCAUCCCAGGAACUGGAGGCAGCCACCAUGGCCCAAGGACUAGAAGUGGCCCUCACAGACCUCCAGAGCUCCAGAAAUAAUGUGCAGCACCACACGGAGGAGAUCACUGUUGACCAUCUCCUUGUUCGCCGGGGCCAGGCCUUCAACCUCACCUUGUACUUCAGGAACCGGGGCUUCCAGCCAGGCCGGGACAACAUCAUCUUUGUGGUUGAGACUGGACCACUGCCAGACCUGGCUUUAGGGACUCGGGCUAUAUUCAGCCUGGCAAGCCAUGGCAGCCCCAGCCCCUGGAUCGCCUGGCUGGAGACCAAUGGGGACACCUCCACAGAGGUGAGCUUGUGUGCUCCUCCCACGGCGGCCGUGGGUCGGUACCUCUUGAAAAUACACGUCGACUCCUUCCAGGGGUCUGUGACAGCCUACCAGCUCGGGGAGUUCAUCCUGCUCUUCAAUCCCUGGUGCCCAGAGGAUGCUGUUUACUUGGACAGUGAGCCCCAGAGGCAGGAGUAUGUCAUGAAUGAUUAUGGCUUCAUCUACCAAGGCAACAAGAACUGGAUCCGCCCAUGUCCCUGGAACUAUGGACAGUUUGAAGAGAAAAUCAUAGACAUCUGCCUGCAGCUGCUAGACAAGAGCCUGCACUUCCAGACUGACCCAGCCACAGACUGUGCCCUGCGGGGAAGCCCUGUCUACGUCAGCAGAGUGGUGUGUGCCAUGAUCAACAGCAACGAUGACAAUGGGGUGCUCAAUGGAAACUGGAGUGAGAAUUACACAGAUGGCGCCAACCCUGCGGAGUGGACUGGCAGCGUGGCCAUCCUGAAACAGUGGCAUGCCACAGGGUGCCAGCCUGUGCGCUACGGGCAGUGCUGGGUCUUUGCUGCCGUCAUGUGCACAGUGAUGAGGUGUUUGGGGAUCCCCACCCGUGUGAUCACCAACUUUGACUCUGGCCACGACACAGAUGGAAACCUGAUCAUAGAUGAGUAUUAUGACAACACAGGCAGGAUUUUGGGGAAUAAGAAGGAUACUAUCUGGAACUUCCAUGUCUGGAAUGAGUGCUGGAUGGCCCGGAAGGAUCUCCCCCCUGGAUAUGGAGGCUGGCAGGUACUGGACGCCACACCUCAGGAGACUAGCAACGGCCUCUACUGCUGUGGCCCUGCCUCUGUCAGAGCCAUCAAAGAAGGAGAAGUGGACCUGAACUACGACACACCCUUUGUGUUUUCCAUGGUGAAUGCUGACUGCAUGUCCUGGCUCGUCCAGGGAGGGAAGGAGCAGAAGCUUCACCAGGACACGAGUUCUGUUGGCAAUUUUAUCAGCACAAAGAGCAUCCAGAGUGAUGAGCGGGAUGACAUCACGGAGAACUACAAGUAUGAAGAAGGUUCCCUCCAGGAGAGACAGGUGUUUCUGAAGGCUCUGCAGAAGCUGAAGGCUAGAAGGUUCCAUGGCUCCCGAAGAGGAGCAGAGUUACAACCUUCCAGGUCCACACCACUGAGCCAGGACAGCCCUCGGAGCCUAGAUGUGCCUUCCCUUCGACCCAGUGAUGUGGUCCAGGUCUCCCUGAAAUUCAAGAUGCUUGACCCACCCAACAUGGGCCAGGAUAUAUCCUUUGCUCUGCUGGCCCUCAACAUGUCCUCCCAGUUCAAGGACCUCAAAGUGAACCUGAGUGCCCAGUCUCUGCUGCAUGAUGGCAACCCCCUGCCCCCAUUCUGGCAAGAUGUAGCGUUCAUCACACUCUCUCCUCAAGAAGCAAAGGCCUACCCCUGCAAAAUCUCCUAUUCCCAGUACAGCCAGUACCUGUCAACAGACAAGCUGAUCCGCAUCAGCGCCUUGGGUGAAGAGAAAAGCAGUCCCAAGAAAAUCCUGGUGAACAAGAUCGUCACCUUAUCUUACCCGAGCAUCACGAUUAAUGUUCUAGGAGCAGCCAUUGUGAACCAGCCACUCUCCAUACAGGUGAUAUUUGCAAACCCCCUCUCAGAACAGGUUGAGGGUUGUGUGCUGACUGUGGAAGGAAGUGGCCUCUUCAAGAAACAGCAGAAAAUCCUCCUUGGAGUUCUCAAACCUCAACACCGAGCAAGUGUCAUUCUGGAGACUGUCCCCUUCAAGAGUGGCCAAAGGCAGAUCCAAGCUAAUAUGAGGAGCAACAAGUUUAAGGAUAUCAAGGGGUACAGGAACGUAUAUGUAAACUUUGCGUUAUAAAUUCCGGAACAA